AUGUGGCAUGACGAACAAUGGUACACGGCCAUCAUUCUGGUGCGACACGACGAUGGCGAAGACCCACCGUAUUUUGACAUCUCUUUCGACGACCCGAGCCGCACCAAAAUUCUGCGUGUCCACCACUCGGAUGUUUUAGCAGGAAAAAAGGGAAGAAAACUUCUCAACACCGUGGGCCAUGAGAAACCCCCUCUUUAUUCUGCCAAGGUCCCAGAUCCCAAUAAAGCCAAACGGGGCUCAGAUGAUCAGGCUUCGCUGCGACUCAAACGUCUGGUCGACACUGCGGCAGAGGCAUGUCGAAAGGCCAUUGCCAACGACGAGGCCAUUCGUCAAAAUGCCAACAAGGCACCUUCUAAAAAGACCCCCAAACGCGGCACGGCAAAGACGCCCACCAAGGCCACACGCACCACCAAGGGUAGUGGAGCGACGCCAACGACAACAACGCGGCGCACCAGCUCACGGACGCGAAGCAAGGCUGCUUCGCGUGAAUCCUCUGCACCCUCAAGUCCCGACGCCACGCUCGCCGGCGAACUUGGCGGCGAGACUUUAGCAACACAGCAGUCCUCGGGCGCAACACCCAGCGGGGAUGCGGCCAAGCGUGCACGAGCAGCGUCAGCCGAGGGUGACGGUGCCGAGGGCACCACGCCAUCCAAGGCCGCCGCUGUUACCUCCCCCAACUCAGACGGACGGCAACGUGGCCGGCGCUCAGCCCAGCGAAGCUCGGUAGAAUCGCCAGCCUCACCCUCUUCUGGUUCUCUAGCCUGCUCCAUCGAUGGCUGUUCCAAAACUUAUGCUUCGACCAGGAGCCUUCUCUUGCAUCAAAAAACCGCCCACGGGCGCAAGGCACUCAACCAACCACAAGUUGCCUCACCUCUUCGUGCCUCAGUGACUUCAAAAGAGACGCCUUUGACACCGCAAGCAGGGUCACCCAUGGCUUCAGGUCCCACGACGCCCUCGACUCCCACAG